AGCGGGAAAACAAAGAGCAAGGAGGAGCAAGGGAUUUGGGAACAAGGAGGGCGGCGGCGGCGGCGAGGGCGUGGCAAAGGCGCCUUGUCCUUUUCUCUGUCCUUCGUGCAAAUUCUCAGCCCUGGAAACGUUGCUUUGACAGAGGUUUCGAUAUAUUUGAAAGAGACAGACUGCUGAGAAUUCAGUUCAAAUAAGUUUUUCCAAGCAAGAUAUUGUAAAGAAACUGCAAGAUGAACAGCAAACUGGAAUAUUUUAUAAGGUCAAUAAGAAGGCUACAGGCAUGUUACAAUGCAGGGAGAUCUUUUCCUAGAAAAGAAAUCAAAACAACUGCAUUUGGGAUUAAUGGUUAUAAAAAUUCUGCACAAAGUAUUCAAUGUUCAUUGUAUGUCCCUUCUUGCUGGUUUCAUUCUUCAAUUUCAACUAGUUCUCAAAAUACUUUUGUUUAUGUUGGGAGCAGUGAUGCAAAUGAGCAGAAAAUAACCAAUGAUCUUGACCAUGAGCAGAACUUCAAACCUGUUCAGUUGAACUCCUCAGAGGAAGUUAGAAAUACCAGUAAAGAAAGCGAUGAAUUUGACAUUUCCCAGAAAUUUUUUAGUGACCUUCAAAAAUGUGUAUCUCCUUGUGAUGUACUAGACUGUGCUGCAAAAAGUGAAGUCUCUUUAAAGUAUGUCAGUAACUGUUUUUCGACUAUGUGGAUGCUUAAAAAAAAAACACUUAAGAGUCAGAAAUAUGAUGAGACAAAGAUGAUGCUUGAACACCCUCAGUUUCGACAGCUCUGUCAGCAUGUGAUGGAUGAAGCAAAGUACAUGGAUAGCAAUGAUUUGGCACACACUCUACUUUCUGUGGUAAAAUUAGGAGUUCCACAAAAUACCUUGUUAGUUCAGACAUUACUGAGGACUUGCCAGGAACGUGUCAAUGAAUUUAAUACUCAAUGUAUCUCAAUUAUUGCAAACGCUUUGAAAGUCAUGGAAAAAUGCAAGAAUGUGGAAGCUCUUCAACUUGGACUACAGUUACUUUUACAAGACAAAGUCCACAAAAUAUCAAACGUGUUUGUAUUGCAAACCAUUAUGCGCAGUAUCGGGAAAGAUGUACCACUGACACUUAAGAAAAAAUUGGAGAACAAGAUGUUGAAUCUGAUGAGUCACUUUACAGUUCCAAAUGCUUUUCAAAUGUUCAGAGUAUUGGGUGAAAUGGACUAUCUCUCUGUUCCAAUCCUGAAUGCUUGUAGUAAGACAGUAAUAGAAAACAUUGAAGGAACUCAAUUUUUGAACCUGCUGAAUGUUUUGAAAACUGGCAAACAAUUGAGAUAUCAAAAUAGGAUACUUUAUUCUGCAUUAGCUGAUUAUGCCGCAUCAGUCUUCUAUACAUGGAACAGAAAUGAGGUAAUUCUGUUACUUUCAGCUUUUGAAAAUCUUAGUGUUCACCCAGUCCAACUGAUGGAUAAAUUUCUUGAGGAAGUGAUGCUUCACCCGGAAUCCUUGAACCUGAAAGAUGUUAUAAUUAUUCUGCGAGCCUACUCUAAUCUCAAUCACCUCUCCAGCGGCCAAAGCCAAGAGUUUCUUGACUCUCUGAAUAGUAUACUGAAUAAACAUCUACAUGAGAUUGAUAAUAUGGAUUUACUAAGAGUUGUAUAUUCAUUCUGUCUUGCUGGAUAUCUUCCCCAACUUGCUCUUAAUCAACUGCUUCAAGAGGAAAUUCUCAGUGAUCUAAUAAAAUCAGAAAAAAGUCUAAGUAUGUUGCCUGCAAUAAAUGUUUGUCUAGAACUUGAUGGAGAUUCUUCCUCAACAUCAACAAUUUUAUCAGAGAAAUUGUCAUCGUUACCAAAGAAAAUACUUGAUUUUAGUUAUCCUGAAAUACAGGAAGCCCUGCUUACGCUUUUGGAAAAUGAAAAUUUGUUUCAAAUAAAUGUACAAUUGACUCAAGGUUACUGCUUAGAUUUUGAAAUUUUAAUGGAUGCAAACCGAAAAAUAGCACUGACAAGUACAGAAGCAGAUCAGUUGAAAGGGGAUCCCAACCUCAAACGGAUAGCAGUGCUGUGCCCACCUGCAAGUGCUUUCUCAAAUCCCUCACAACACCCAAAAGGCCGGUUGGCAAUGAAAAUAAGACAUUUAAAUCGACUGGGAUACCAAGUUAUAUUGGUUUCUUACAAGGAAUUCCAAAAGCUGGAGAAAGAUGAGGCAGUUUUAUUCUUCAAAAGACAAAUAUUUUUGGCAGAAAACAUCUAACGUCUGAAUAAAGUACUCAAGAUGGCUGUAUUUAAAGCAUAUUUCUGAAAUGAGCUUCUGGGAGCAAGUCCAGUUGAGUUCAAUGAGAUUUGGAUUUUGAAUAUUAAAUCAUAGUAAUUGUGCUACUUUUGUAGUUUUAAGAAAAAAUAUCUGAAUAAGAUUCCUUAAUAAUCCUGUCUCUCAAAUUCAUAUCUCUUCUGAAAGUGAAGAAGGACAUAUGUAUGUGACUGCAAGUAUAUUUACCAUACCCAGUGGAUGCUAACUAUUGAGUAGGAAUAAAAAAUCUAUUGUUUUCAUUCUCAGUAAGAACUUGAUUGCAUAAUAAUUUAUUGGCUUGCAUACGAAUAUAAGUAUUCUGUUCCUCUAGUUUCAUACUUAUUUAUCAGAUGCCAUUUUGAAGAUUCACUGUAAAAUAGAAUAAUAGCUUAUCAGAUGCUAUUUUGAAGAUCCACUGUAAAGUAUAAUAAUCAGGGAUAUUUAUGUUUUUAAAAUGUUUUAGAAUAAAUGAUUUGGACCUAUUGGAUUACAGUUUCUAACAUCUCCAGUCAAGCUGACCAGUGAAGACAGCCUAGGCCAGUGAUGGCUAACCUUUUUGCCGUUGAGUGCCAAAAGCGGGGGGAGUGCAGGGGGGGGUCGUACCCAUGCGCACCCACACCCAUAAUUUCUUCCUUGCAGCCUGGGGAGGGUGAAAACGGCCUCCCCCCUCCCCCCGGAGGCCCUCUGGAGGCCGGAAACAACCUGUUUCUCAACUUCCAGUGGGACCGGAAAGCCCAUUUUUCACCCUCCCCAGGCUCCAGAGGUUUUCUAGGAGCCUGGGGAGGGCAAAAAUAGCCUCCCCCUCCCCCCCCCGGAGGCCAGAAACAGCCUGUUUCCCGACUUCCGGAAGGCCCGAAAAUUAGCUGGCUGGUGUGUGCAUGCAUGCUGGAGCUGAGCUAGGGCAAUGCUCGCGUGCCCACCAAUAUGGCUCCGCGUGCCACCUGUGGCACGUGUGCCAUAGGUUCGCCAUCACAGGCCUAGGCUCUAUUAAGGCUGAAUCUGAUAUUUUAUGCCAGUGCAUUCGUUUGUCCUACAGGUGGUGCUAUUUGUCUGAUCAUAACUCACAUUUAGAAAGAGUUCUGUAUUUCUUUUGAUUUAGCUAUAUAGAACUUUUGCUCCCACUAAGAAAAGUGCUAGAUAACAUUUUCCCCCAUUUCUGCCUUAAUAGAACUAAAUUACUCAAAAAUGUGUUUCUUGAGAAAAAUUCAAAUCUCUUAAUUUUUCUGAAUUAGGGCUGACCAAAAUGAUUACAAAUAAUAUUACAUCUAGAAAGACCAAGAGGGGCAUAAAGAGAUUUAGAAUAUUCUUUCCAUGUUGUUCAGAUGACUUUUUGCACCAUUAAAAGUGAGGUGGUUAUGAGUGAUCGAAAUAUUGUAGUGAUCCAAAUAUAAAAUAUCCAAAUAUUUUAUUGAAAUGAAUAACAAAACCCAGGUGCUUUAUAUGAGUUUCAUAUAUCACUGGCGAGAUGGGGGGCAUACGAUGUAUGUGUAUGUAUAUGUAUAUGUAUAUGUGUGUGUAUAUAUCUAUAUAUCUAUAUCUAUAUAUGCACAUAUACAUGCAUGCAUAUGCAUCCAGGAAUAAUGUUUCAAAAGCAAUUCAUAUUCUACCCUGAACUUGCAGCAACCGAUUAACCAAGAGAUAAUGAAAUCUCAUGGAAACUCAAUAUUUGGGUAAAUUCCUGACUCUUUCUGCUUUCCCUCAUAUAGCAACCUAUCUUGCAGUAUAUUUAUUUCAAAAUAAUCCAUGUGAAAUAUUUGGAGCGCUCAUAGAACUGUAAUCCUUACAGGAAUGCAUCAUAUCGUAUCCUGAAUAAAUAUAUGUUGUUGAAAACUGUAAUGUAGAACACUACAUACAUUUUUUUCACUUGGGCAGCAAGGUUCAGACAUCAAUUUUCAGAUGUGAACUUUUAGGAAUACUCACUAAAAUGCAAACAGGCCUAACGUGGAAAAGUAGCCCAGAUAUUGUAGGUCUAUUUUUAUUUUAAGAAUAUUUUGAGAAAAGUUAUGUAAAAUAAUAAAAUGAUAUCCAGAAUAUUCACUAAAACAGUUUUCAUCUUUUCACCAGGCUAAAAACAGGUAGUCUUUAACUUAUGACCACAAAAUUUAUGUGGCUAAGUGAGAAAUCAGUUGAGUGAGGUUUGCCCCAUUCUACAACUUUUCUUGCCACUUUUCUUAAGUGAAUCACUAAAGUUGUUCAAUUAGUAACAGUUGUUAAGUGAAUCUGGCUUCCCCAUUGACUUUGCUUGUCAGAAGCUUGUAUGAACCCAUGUUCGUACGAUUUGCAUAAUUUAUACAGGUAGCGUUAAAUUGGGCUUGAUAUUGUACUGCUUAUUAUGUAUUCAUUAAUUCAUUGUAAGGCUAGGGUAUAACCUGCACUCAAUAAAUCAGUCUAGACUAUUUUUAAAAUGGAUAUAUUGAACGUUAAUUAUUUCCCCAAAAUUCUCAGAAUGGGAUAAGAGAAAGGGCAAAAUAGUUUUCCUGCAAAUAUGAAUGGCUUAACCCCAUAUUUCUGGAAUUUUGAAAUUUUUGUUUAGUUUUUUUUAGACAGAUUAAGCCUCUCUAUUUGGGGAUUGGUGUAGCAUGGGCAAGUAAGUGCCAUCCGGAAGGUUUAGAUAGAUGUCAACCCAGUCACUACCCCAGACAUUAGACCCACACAUGUGGAAGACUAGCAAAAUGAAAGAGCAGUGAGUGGCAGACAAUUCACACACAUGCACAUACUUGUACACUUCUCAUUGUGAAAGGUGGAAAAUAGUCCACUGGGUAAGAUCUGGCUAAUCAGGAUCUCAAACAUCCAGAAACUUAUACAUGCAAUUAUCUUAAAGUGUUAAAAUCAAUAUUUUGCUAUAGUAACAGUUUAUGUUCUAUAUUGAGAAUAAGUACUUUGGUUUGAUCUUUUGGUAAUCUAAUUUUUCAAUUAUAUCAUUUAUUCAGUGCUUAGGCAGUUUUAUAUUGCUUGCCAUUAAAAAAAACUGAAAAUGUAAGUAGCUCGUUAUCUCUCAGUGCAUUAGAGUAAUCUUUUUAGCUGGUUGAGACUCAUAUCGGGUUUCUUUUACAGAUAAACUGAGUGUAAUCAAA